CCUGGAACAGAGCGGUCCAGCUCCGAGCUCCGUGGGUGGGCGAGGGAGGGAAGGGGAGAGAACAACAACUCCUGGCCACAGCGACCGCCCGGGCUCCCACUGGCCAGAUUGAAGGGAGACAGUGAAGCGCAGAAGAGCCUGGAGAUGAGCAGCUUGGGGAAGCCACCGGCCCCAGGGCUGCAGGCAAUCAUGGCUCUCCUGUUUGCUGCCGCCACCGCCUCCGCAGACCUGAAAGUUUCAUCAAAUUCCUCUGGGCCUUCACUUCUGGAACAGACCCACCCAACCCUCAUCCUGGACCAGGAAGCUCAAGCUUGCAGCAACUUCAACAAAGGUUGCACGUUGGUAGAGGCAGCUGUGGGUUCCAAGGCAACUCUUUCCUGUGGUGUCGUCCCAUUGGAGAAUCUCAUUAUGAUCUCAUGGACCAUCUGCAGCCGGACUGCUAACUGGACCAUGGCUUACAGGAAUGAUACAGCCCAUAUUACCACACCUCCUGAUGUGAGAUUGGCCUGGGGACCGAGACCUGAUCGGAAUCCAGUCCUGCAGAUCAACCCCGUGACAAUCACAGAUGACAGCUUUUAUCGCUGUGAUAUUGCAACAAGUGAGGGGAAUUUUGGAUGCGGAUUUUGCCUGAGCGUGCUGGUUCCUCCUGUGGUCUCGCUGGUUGUGGCGAAGGAUAACCGGGCUGUGUGCGAGGCCUCUGUGGGGAAGCCGGCAGCCCAGAUUUCCUGGGUCCCACCGGGGGAGCACAACACUUCCAGCAGGACCCAUCACAAUGGGACAGUGACGGUGGUUAGUACCUACUGGGGAAACAGCAACCUGUCUGACCUUGUCUGCUUGGUGGGUCACGUGACCGGGAACAGGAACCUGUCCAUGCACGGGAUUUCAGGUCCUGGACCUUCUCAACUGCUGCCGCUGUUCUUGACCUUCUCUGGGAUCUUGGGAAUUUUGGCUAUCGUGGGAGCUAUUCAGUUUUGGAAGCUCAAAAGCAACCCCAGAGUAUCAAAAUCCAGGAAUCCUGGCGACACACUAAGGGCUGAUGAGGAUGUUUUGGAACCGUACGCCAGCUACACAGAGAGGAGCAAUCCCCUUUACAGCACCAGGACGGAAGUGGCAAUUUUACAGUCGUCACAAAGGGAUGACUUCCUCAUUGGUCUCAGAGUCCUGUAGGCCCUGGCGGAACCAGUGGGACAGACCACGGCUAAAUUGAGUGGGAGAACUGAAUUCAGGAUCCCGCCUGGAGCACCGAAGCUCAGAACGAAUUUGGGGUAGCAGAAUUCCUCAAAUUCUGAGAAGGAGACUUUGUCUCCAUGGAUUUCCUCUCACAUUGUCUCCCCUGGAGUUCUGGGAAAGCUGAGCAGUUCACGGCCGCUUGGCUAUUUGGAAUGGUGUCCCAGGACCAUUCCUUUCGCUUCAUUAAGCUUCUUGGGUUGGAAUUGAUGAAUACAGGUUUCUGGAGCAUCCCUGGGCCUAUUUUGCCCAUACUCUGAGAACUGAAGGUGGGACAGAGAUUGUGGGGGCUGUGGUAUGUGUGGGGGUAUUCAGAGGGUCUGUAUGAUCGUGUUGGGAUAUUUCUAGAGUGUGUGUGUGUGUGUGUGUGUGUGUGUGUGUGUGUGUGAGAGAGAGAGAAAGAGAGAGAUGUAUGGCCUGAGGCUCCCACUGCUCGAACACCCUCCUGUAUGCUCAUGAAAUAUGGAAGAAACUUUGAUGGGGAAAAUAAAAUCAAGUCAGCAGUAGUCUCCCCAUAGUCCUCGCCACAAUUAUGAAUCCAUUCAUUGGUAUUUAUUGAGCUCCUUCUGGGUGCAGAACACUGGACUCAGAGCUUUGGGCCGUUCACUAGAGGUUGAAGACAUGGUGCCUGCCUUUUGAGGUGCUUAAAAUCUAAAAUGAUCUCUAUCUUGGAUGGUGAAAGAAAGGGUUAACUUUGAGUUGCCCCAAUGGAGGAGGUUCCCCAUUUCCAGGGGGACAUCUCCCAAGAUAAGAGCAGUAAAGAGUACUGUGUGUAAAGUGCUGGGGAGACCUCAAGACAAUGCAGAGGGAGAUUUGUUGGAACCAACUGGAAAUUAAUGAAGAACCUCACUGGAUUGGAGAUGGGACUUACUACUGAGGUACUGAGGUGCUGACCUGGACCGUCACCAUAGUAACUGGACACAUACAGUGGCAAAGAUGCAUGUCACCUAGCGAGAGACUAAUCUGAAUGGUAAUGCCAAGCAUAUGUAACAGGCAGUCACACACUAAGCCUGUGCAGUAGGCUCUGUGAGGAGAGAGGGAAGUGACCAGCAUCCCUGAACCCUCUGGGUGGUAGUCCCAGUUGCAUGAACUGCGGGUGAUGAAAUGUGACCCUGGAUGUGGGACAGCUGGUCUUUCUCUACAGGGACUUGGUCCUUUUCAGGAACCUUUGGGUUUUUUUUGCAAAGGGUCUUGGGGUUUAGGUGGACUUUGGCAGAGAGGACCGCUCUGUUGGAACCAGGACAAUAAACUCAGCUGAAUUCACA